AUGCAGAAAUCAGAGUCAGCUUGUGUCUACUCGCGUACCUUCUACAGAGAGUCUUCAUCAGCCCUUAACUUUCACUACAGAUCAGAGUCAGCUUGUGUCUACUCACGUACCUUCUACAGAGAGUCUUCUUCAGCCCUUAACUUUCACUACAGAUCAGAGUCAGCUUGUGUCUACUCACGUACCUUCUACAGAGAGUCUUCUUCAGCCCUUAACUUUGACUACAGAUCAGAGUCAGCUUGUGUCUACUCACGUACCUUCUACAGAGAGUCUUCUUCAGCCCUUAACUUUCACUACAGAUCAGAGUCAGCUUGUGUCUACUCGCGUACCUUCUACAGAGAGUCUUCAUCAGCCCUUAACUUUGACUACAGAUCAGAGUCAGCUUGUGUCUACUCGCGUACCUUCUACAGAGAGUCUUCAUCAGCCCUUAACUUUGACUACAGAUCAGAGUCAGCUUGUGUCUACUCUCGUACCUUCUACAGAGAGUCUUCAUCAGCCCUUAACUUUGACUUCAGAUCAGAGUCAGCUUGUGUCUACUCACGUACCUUCUACAGAGAGUCUUCAUCAGCCCUUAACUUUCACUACAGAUCAGAGUCAGCUUGUGUCUACUCGCGUACCUUCAACAGAGAGUCUUCUUCAGCCCUUAACUUUCACUACAGAUCAGAGUCAGCUUGUGUCUACUCACGUACCUUCUACAGAGAGUCUUCUUCAGCCCUUAACUUUGACUACAGAUCAGAGUCAGCUUGUGUCUACUCACGUACCUUCUACAGAGAGUCUUCUUCAGCCCUUAACUUUCACUACAGAUCAGAGUCAGCUUGUGUCUACUUGCGUACCUUCUACAGAGAGUCUUCAUCAGCCCUUAACUUUGACUACAGAUCAGAGUCAGCUUGUGUCUACUCGCGUACCUUCUACAGAGAGUCUUCAUCAGCCCUUAACUUUGACUACAGAUCAGAGUCAGCUUGUGUCUACUCUCGUACCUUCUACAGAGAGUCUUCAUCAGCCCUUAACUUUGACUUCAGAUCAGAGUCAGCUUGUGUCUACUCACGUACCUUCUACAGAGAGUCUUCUUCAGCCCUUAACUUUCACUACAGAUCAGAGUCAGCUUGUGUCUACUCGCGUACCUUCUACAGAGAGUCUUCUUCAGCCCUUAACUUUGACUACAGAUCAGAGUCAGCUUGUGUCUACUCGCGUACCUUCUACAGAGAGUCUUCUUCAGCCCUUAACUUUCACUACAGAUCAGAGUCAGCUUGUGUCUACUCACGUACCUUCUACAGAGGUUUGUCAAUAUAUUUGUCUCCUGAAUCUUGUCUGUCUGUCUCUCUUCCUAGUCUUCUUCAGCCCUUAACUUUCACUACAGAUCAGAGUCAGCUUGUGUCUACUCGCGUACCUUCUACAGAGGAAAUAAUACCUGAUUCCCAGAAGCAAGUCAAGAAGCCAGCAAGUGCCUGUCAGGGUUGUAAGACACAUCAGCUUGUCAAAGAGGAGAUGUCAUCUUUAGAAAAAUGCUCAGUUUGUUAUGGACCAUUUUCCCCGCUGAAGUGGUGGGGGCUGAAAUGUCAAGUGUGCACUACUACAUGGCAUGUGUACUGCUACCAUAAAAAAGAAGAAAUACAAAACAGUUGGAAUGAAACUGAAACAAGUGAAGAGGACUUAUCAGAUAAUGAUCCAGAAUAUGUUCCAGCUUCAGAAACCGAUUCGGAAGAUGAUGAACCACCAAGCAGAUUGGAAAAAUCUACAGUUCUGACAGAGAAGGAAUCAUCAAUGAUGGAUAUAAGUCACAUGAGUGGAAUAACUGCAAAGGAAACAUCUGCAAACAUAACAGACUCAACAUCUAUUGCAAAGAAGGGAUUGAAUUUUUGCUUUGUUUGCAAAAAAGCUCAUUUUAAAAUCGCUAGACAUUUUAAAGUUCAUGUUAAGGAAAAUGCAGAGAUCGCCAAAGCUUUAAGUUUCCCUGCACGCUCAAAAAGUAGAAAGGAGUGGCUAGAGAAACUUAGAAACAAAGGGAACUUCAUACAUAACUGUGAGGUGCUGAAAGAUGGAGCUGGUUCGCUUAAAGUCAAAAGAAGAGCCCAGGGUGGCUUUAAAAAAUAUGAAUAUUGUCUCCAUUGUAGGGGCAUGUUUUUGAGAGCAGAGCUAUGGAGACACAUGAGAAGGUGCCCUUCAAGACCAACAGACCAUGACCACCAAGGCAGGAAGAGAAUACUUGGCUUAGCAUCAGUAGUCAAAUCAGCAUGUUCAAGCGCUGUUGAAGAAGGGGUGCUUAAGAUGUUAAGCCGCAUGCACAAUGAUGAAAUUGCUGCACUUGUUCGCAAUGACUUUUGCCUUUUAAGAUUUGCAGAGUCCCUUUACAGUAAACAUGGACAUGAUCCCUCAAAACACGACUAUAUUCGGCAAAAAAUCCGCCAGCUGGGCCGAUUUCUCCAGACAAUGCGCAAGAGUUCUCCAGUCCUAACUUUAGAGGAUGCGGUUAAACCAUCAAAUUUCCUGAAUGUGAUUGAGGCUGUGAAAGAAACUGCAGGGUUUGAUAAGAACAAUAACACCUAUAAGACUCCAAGUCUGGCAUUAAAAAUCGGCCACUCCCUGGUGAAAGUAAAUGACAUAAUUCACUGCCAUGCCCUCAUGGCUGAAGAUGAAAACCUAGUGAAGUCCUCAGAUGGUUUCCAAAAGCUUUAUCGGGCCAAGUGGCCUGAAUACAUUUCGUACGGUGCUUUAAACACUAUAAGUGAAUUAAAAUACAACAAGCCGACGAAACUUCCACUCACCAAAGACAUCAUGAGGCUUAACAAGCAUCUUGAUAAAAAGGCAAAGUCAGCAACUGCAGCACUGGAGAAGGCAGCAACACCGCAGAAUUAUUCCAAUGUUGCAAGAACAACGCUGACCAAGAUUGUGCUUUUCAAUAGGAGACGAGUAGGCGAAGUUUCAAAAAUGAAGCUUAAAAAUUUCCUGGACCGAGAUUGUUCAAUUACACAAAAUGAAAUGAAUUUAUCGGAGUAUGAACAGAAAUUGUGCAAGUACUUUGAGCGGGUCGAGCUCAAGGGAAAAAAGGGAAGAAAAGUGGCAGUGUUGCUGACUCCUGAAAUGACGAAGUCCUUAAAUCUGAUGAUUAUGAAGAGAGAGCAGUGUGGUGUGCCCAAUAAGAAUGAGUAUUUAUUCGCCGUUCCUCACUGCCUCACAUGCUACAGGGGACAUCAAUGUCUUAGGAAGUUUGCAGAUGAAUGUGGUGCCCAAAAACCAGAUUUUUUACGAUCUACUCCGCUGAGGAAAGAAAUGGCAACUACUUCUCAGAUAUUAGAUUUAAAGAACAAUGAAAUGGAUCAGCUGGCGGACUUUUUGGGUCACGACAUAACCGUGCACAGACAUUUUUACCGUCUUUCUGAUGCCACCAUACAGAGUGGAAAAAUUUCCAAGCUGCUUCUUGCCCUUGAGAGAGGAAAGCUGCAUGAGCUAAGAGGAAAAACGCUUGAUGAAAUUGGAGAUUUCACAGAUGAUGAUGAUGAUGAUGAGGACGACGAUGAGAGUGAGAGUGAUGAAGAUACAACCCUGGACACAGAAACUGCAGAUGAAAUUAAUGAGGAACACAUGGACACAUCUGCCAGAGAGGAGACUCACACAAAUAUAUGUGGACAAAAUGGCAGUAACUCACACGUGCACACCGAACAACCUACAUGCAGUUCAGCUGACAGACCAAUUCCUGGAUGCAUUGUUGGUGGUAAACAGAAGCCAGACAAAGGUGCAAGGCGACCGUGGUCGAAUGCAGAGGUCAAUGCCGUAUUAAAGCAUUUCAAACCACACAUUGCCAAAGGUCAUCUGGCGUCUUUAAGAGAGUGUGAGCUGUGCAAGAAGUGCGAGCCAGUUCUACAAAAUAGAACAUUACACAACAUCAGAGAUUUUGUCCGUAACCGAGGGGUAACCCUGAAGCGCAAAAUGACUAACACUUAACUUUUUUUUCAAGAUCUUUAACUUUAUUCAUUUAUAUGCUGAUAUAAAGUUUAAAUGAAAAGCUUAUAGUUCAGAGAGGGAAUGUUGUCAUAUUGAGAGGAUCUGUUUUAAAGGAACAUGCCCAGAUUUUAGGAAUUUAGCUUAUUC